AUGGUCAUGGGAGAUGCAUGGGGCGCGAUUUCUUUGCCACUGAUUGAGGCAGCCCCAUGGACUUUCCCCGUCCUCUUUGUGAUGAUGAUGACGGUCUCUCUGGGUGCCAUGAAUCUUAUCCUCGCCGUGAUAGUCGAGCGGGCUGCGCAGGGGCGGGACAAGGAUCAGGAGCGAAAAAUCAAGCAAAAGGAGGAGGAAAGGUCGAAGAACAUGAUAGACCUGGCCGUGCUAUGUGCCACGAUGGAUGAAGACAACAGUGGAUCGCUCUCCCUGGUAGAGAUGCUGCAGGGCUACGAUCGGAACGAAGAGUUUCGAAAGCUCAUGCAGGUGAUGGACAUCAAGCGAGAUGACAUGCAGACCAUUUUCCGUGUCCUUGACAGCGAUGACUCCGGCGAGGUGUCUUACUUCGAGUUCUGCCAGCAUCUGGGCAGUUUCCUCGAGCGUGAUCCGGUGGUGAUGCACUCCCUGGUGAAGCGCGGAAGUAGGUUUAGAAAAUUAGGGGUUUCGGAUUUCGGGGGUGUGGGUUUAGUACGUAAGGCUGGCGGAGCUUAG